UUGCAAUCUAAGCAUGAAAGUGUUAUUUGUUCUUUUGCCUUUGGCUCUUGUCUCUGCAAGUGAGCCUGAGGCAAUAACCACUGAAUCCCCGGAUCAGGAAGAGCCUCUGAAUAUCAUAACUAAUGGAUAUACAGCCCCUGAGGGAAAAGCACCGUAUAUUGUAUUCCUUUCUUUUCGAAAUAGCAGGAGCGGUUCGUGGUGCGGUGGAUCAAUGAUUGGAAAUACUUGGGUCGUAACCGCUUCCCACUGUUCGAAGGGGUUCACCUCCGUGACCAUCUACUACGGUUCAAACCAACGUGCUCAAGGUUCAAUUAGUCACACUGUUAGCGGCAGCAAUAUUAUAAACCAUCCCAGCGAUGACAUCGCCUUGAUUCGUACCCCACACGUUGAGUUCUCGAACCGUAUCAGCAGAGUUAGGCUGCCCAGUUUGAGUGAUCGCAAUAAACUUUACGUCAACGAACGGACGACGGCUUGCGGCUGGGGACAAACAACUUCAACAAGGACACCCGAAAAUCUGCAGUGCGUCGAUGCGCCUGUUAUAUCCAAUGCCCAAUGUGCUAGAACUUACGGCUCACGUGUGGUUCAUAGCAGUGUGCUCUGCACCAGUACUUCUGGCGGCAAGUCAAUUUGUUACGGUGAUUCCGGAGGACCGCUGGUCACGCAAAGCAACACUAUUCUGAUUGGAAUCAGUCAAUUCACUGCUGCCGGAAGGUGCUCUGCUGGACAUCCAGCUGGAUUCACACGUAUCACAAGCCAUCUGGAUUGGAUACGAAAACAAUCUGGAAUUGCAUACUAACCGCUGAUUUUGUACUACUUCAACGCAUUAUCCUUUAUAUAAUCUAUAUUCCUAACAAAACAUUUAUAUCUGCUUAACAAACAAUAAAAAUUUUUAGUUGCAA